UAACCGGAAGGAUGCUGUGGCAGGGAGGAAGCGUGGGGAUUUUAUUGUGUUGACGCUGUAUCCGAUUAUAAACAGCUCCGUGCACAACCCCAGACCACGUACAUUUAUUUUUCUAAAUUAUUUUUCGUUGUUGAUGAUCUGCAUCAGUAGCUGCCAUGUUCCCAUCGUGUCAGUCCAAGCCCGGCGCGGACAGCGGCGCGAAGAGGAGCUCUAUCGCGAAGAUGCUGCUCGGGGUCUUCGUGGUUUAUAUGCUCCACACCGCCUGGCUGCUGUACGGCUUCCUCAACACUAAACCCUGCGAUGGAAGCACAGGCGAGCACUGCAUCACCUCCUACCUGACAGCAAGACCCAGGCUACAGCUAAGUGUCUUCACCUGCCUCGUGCCAGACAACAGCCAACUCAACCUCGCUAUAAAAAUAGACCCAUUUGACCCACACUCUACAUUUGAGAGGCAGGUGAAUGUCUCUCUGCCAGAGCAGACUCGGGCUAAUGGCACUCUGUUUGCAGUCGUGUACGUUCACAAAGCCAGCGUUUCACCUCUGGAGGAUGGCAGAGAAGUCCACUACGCAGCUCAGCUCACCACCUACAUCCCUCCCACACCCACAGAGGGGCAGAGAGACACGCAGAAGAGGCCAAGUCCCAGAUUAGAGAAUCCGGUGUCCCACUGGAGACCUCACCUGUCAAUCACUAUGAUGUCAGAGGACUUCACCUUUAACAAGGCGGGGCUUCCCAGUGAUGUGCGGCGCUACAUGAGAGUCUCUCAGGAAGGCCGACAGAUGAUCUACCUCCCUCUGCUGCUGGUUAACGAGAUCAGCUUCAGAGUCAGAGACCUCCAGGAGAUCAGCACCAGCACUAUCCAGCUGCCUCUGACUGUGUCCUACGAGGGAAUCUCUUUAAGGAGGUUCAGGUUCUGGGUGCAUCUACAGGACAUUGUUUAUUCCCUGCGACAGUUUGGCUUCACAGAGGAGAACGUAGAUGAGAUUAAAGAAACUCUGGUGGGCUCCAACCUCUAUCUGCUAGUGUUGACUGCACUCAUCACAGCUCUACAACUCAUUUGUGAAUUCUUGGCUCUUAAAAAUGACUUCAGCUCAUGGAGAAAAAAGAAGACCAUGGUGGGAAUGUCCAGGAAGUCAGUUCUGUGGCGCAGUCUCAGCACUUUGCUCAUUUUCCUCCAUCUGCUAGAGGAGACCAGUCUGCUGGUGCUGCUGCCUGUUGGCUUGGGAGCAUGUGUAGAGGUAUGGAAGGUGUUUACAGUAUUUAAGAUCCAGUUUCAAUGGAGAAGCUCCAAGCUCCAUGUAAUUAAACUGGAUGAAGAAGAAAGAAAGACAGUGGAGUACGACAGACAGGCAUCCAGAUACUUGUCCUACUUGGUCUAUCCUCUGUGUAUCAGCGGAGCUAUUUUCUCACUGGCCUACUUACGCCAAAAGAGUUACUAUUCCUGGAUGGUCAACAGCCUGGUGACUGGAGUGUAUGCCUUUGGCUUCCUGUCUAUGGCCCCACAGCUCUUCAUCAACCACAAGUUGAAGUCUGUGAGCCACCUGCAGGGGACAGUGUUGAUGUACAGAGGAGUGAACACGCUGAUCUCAGACCUGUGCUCCUGUGCCUCAUUUUUCUCCUCUUCUGGAUUCUUCUCCUCCGCUCAUCAACUUUCCUGCUUCAGAGAUGAGCUUCUCUUCUUCCUCUACCUCUACCAGCGAAGGCGUUACGCCCACAAGGCCAGGAGACGAGAGUCUGGGACCCACAGCAAGAAACUUAAGACUCAAUGAGGGGAAGACAAAUUCCUUUACUUCCUUUUUUCAGAAAUGAAUGCACAAACACUUAGAAACUCAUCUUUGAAACAACGUUGAAGAUGUGACGUGGAGGCUCAGGCAGGACACCUGACCACGUGCGCCACAGCAACUUUAAACUGAUCCAAGACAAGUUGUUUGGCCUCUAACUCUUCACUGCUGUACACUCGUGAUGCCGCUGCUUUUUGCUCGGCAUCGAUGAAGUCUUCCCCCUUUACUGCUAAAGUGAUUGAACUCAUUCAUCUACGGACUGCUGCACGUUAUGCAAGAAGAAUAUCGACGGCAUCAUAUCACCAGUCGUAAUGUACGUUUGCUCGAUUCUUGUUCUUUAUGCGCACAUAUGGAGGAUGUAGCCUUCAACCCCAAAUAUAGUUCCAUAAUCAUAAAUCAAUAACCAUCUACUGCAACAAGACUUAAACUUUAUGACUGACUCACUCAACUUGACUUUGACAUGGCUGUCUGAAAAGCUUGAACCAUGAUCCUUUUCUUUAAAAAAAGUACUUUUUAAUAUAUUCUUUGUACACAUCCAGCACUAAAUUGAAACUGGGGCAGCCCCCUAAUAAAGGCAUAACAUACCAUAUGAAGCUUUACGCUUACAUAAACUGAAAUUACCCAAGACAGCAUCAUUUUUAGGGUGUCACCAUCACAUCCAAUUAAUAUUAUUCUGCUCAAUUACCCCAACUCAGCGCAAGAUAUUUGGUUUCUUUGGAAACUUUGUGAUCCUGACUAGAAUUGAAUGGUUUCAACAUUGCAUGGCUUUGUGUGUGUGUGUGUGUGUGUGUGUAAUGAUAGACAUGCAGGUGGGGCCCGUAAGGUUGCAAAUAAGCAACAUGUCCUCAGACAGUAAUGAGAAGAUCAGACCAACAACAUAAAGCACUUUUUACUCUUCAUCCAAAUGAAGAAAAUAAAUAAAUGACGCUAGAGUCUGAUCAGUUUAUAUUCCAGAUUAGAGGGUACGUGCUACCUGUUGUGUAGAUUUAAUGUUGGACUUGUAUAUCAAGAUAGUCUAGAAUAUCAUUAGAUGUUUCAUUUUAGUCAUGCUUAAUGUUCACCCUCAUGUAUUACAUAUUAAGUAAGUAGCACCAUCUGUGUACUGUGCAAUUAUUUUAUAAAGACUGACUUUGCAAUGUUAAUGACCACUUACUGCAAAUAACCUGAUGGCAUGUGUCUAUGAAAUCCCUGCAGUAUAGCUAUCAAAGUAUCAGUCUGUUCCCUUUCUCUCAGCAUACAAACGCAUCACAUAGUAUGAAAAACAUUUGUCUACAGAAGGCAUAAACACUGUAAAUGAACUACUUUAUCAAGCUGUUUGUAGUGUUUGUAUUACACUGAUCUCUGCACUAAUUUCUGCUUCUUUGCUGACUGAACUGCUUGAGCUGAAGAAUAAUUUCCAUUUUUUUUUAUUGUUUUGGCAAUGCAACCUGCUUGUUAAUUUUUUUAUAAUAUGAAAUAAAAAACAAUUGGCUUUAAGGGUUUAUGCAAAUUGGAAAAAAACAGUGUCUGUGUGUAUGGAUUGAUGUGCAUGUGUGCCAGUGUUUCUAUCAAGGCAUGCAAUCAGAAGAGAAGUCAACACAGACAGCAGACUGAUAAUAAUGGCAACUGCUUGACUGGUUUCUGUUAAGGAAGUUUCAUAUAUGGAUUGUGUGUGUGUGUUUGUUGUCUUAAUACUUAAGAAAGGAAUACAAAUCCUCACUGUGUCCCAUUAAGAUUUAAGUUUGAUGUCAGGAAAUAAAUGUUGAUGACAGAGAAUCCUAAAAAAAAAAAGGAAAAGUGUGUUGGUGUAUGUGUGCUAGGUGUACAGGGUGUGUGUGCUGUGUGUGUGCUGGUACAUUUCUCUGUUAACACUGAACAGAUGUGGUAUGACAGAUAUGAGGAUGACGUGAGCGCCGUCAGUCAUCUGAGAAUGUUUUCAAGUAAUAAAUCAUUUUAA